AAUUGCACCAACAAAAACUUGAUGUUUACUUGAUGCUACAUAGUUUUGUUUGCAAAUUUGUAUGAUACACAUUUAUGAUGCUUUUAAAAAACAUAGCCUAUAUGAUAAUACAGUUGGUGUACUGAAAUGACAAACUAUUAUGCUUAAUAAAGCUCAUGAAAGACAAAUAUAAUAAUCUUUCUAUACAUGAAAGAAAAAACACAGCAUUUCGUGUGCAUUUCUUUUUAGCUGGUGUGUAAAAAAAAGGGUAUUAUAAAUGCAAAGCAUGAAGCCAUAAGAAAAGGUAGAUCUCAAUAAAUCGCGCCGGUGAUUGAUGCUUCUCUCAACGCUCCAUAGGGCACUGUGAGCCUAUCACAACCACCUCGCUCUGCCAUUGGCUGGCGGGAGGUCGCUACCAGCCCGUGACUCCGCCCACGCUCGCGUGAUAUGGAAUUUGCUGGCGCCAGGUCCGACAGAGCGCGAGCGCGAUUCAUUAAAAGAAACACAAGCAGCGCGCGGGACGGAGACACAACACUUAGUGAGCGCGUUUAACAACCGAAUAACACAACAACACCUAACCGCGGCACAAAUGUCAAGAUGCAGCUCGGGGAUUCACUUUAUCUGCAAACGGACUAACACGAGAUAAAAAAAAAAAUAAAAUAAAAAAAUAGUGAAGGAGGAGGAGUGAAAUGCAGCCGUGUGCAGUGGAUCUGAGUAUCUGAGGACUCUAAGCACAUCAUCCACAAGACAACCACUGUGCCCAAAGUGAACAGGACGCGUUUUCAACCACUAUUUGGGCCUUUUGUUUGUUUCGCAGUAGACUAACCACAAAAACUUUGCAUUUUGGGAACUAUAAAUGAACUCGGCUUUUAGAAAGCUGCCCUAAUACUGCAAAUAAAAAUAUUUACAUAUCAUUUUUAAAAAAAAAAAAAAUCCGGACACUUUGAUUUUUAUUUUCUGACAAGUCUGCACGGAGGCUUCAGGUAUGGAAGUGGCGGCAGAUCAGUCUCGGUGGAUGGCGCAUCAUCACGCGGUGCUCAACGGCCAGCACCCGGACUCACACCACCACGGCCUCACACACAACUACAUGGAGCCUAUGGCACCGCUUUUGCCCCCGGACGAAGUGGACGUGUUUCUAAAUCACUUGGACUCGCAAGGCAACCCGUAUUACCCUAACUCAAGGGCAAGAGUGUCCUACAGCCAGGCGCACGCUCGAUUGACUGGGAGUCAGGUCUGCCGGCCGCAUCUCCUCCACAGUCCCGGCCUCUCGUGGCUGGACGGGAGCAAGGCGGCCCUCUCAGCGGCGCACCACAACGCCUGGGCGGUCAGUCCGUUCAGCAAAGCCGGGCUCCACGCCACCAGCGCCAGUUACGCUUGCAGCGGCGCCUCGGCCACGGCGCCCGCUUCCGCCUCUCUAGCGCCGGCGAGCCACGCGAGCCCGCACCCGCUCUACAACUUCCCUCCCACGCCUCCGAAAGACGUGUCACCAGACCCGGGACCGUCGUCUCCCUCCUCCUCCUCGGUCACGCGGAUGGACGAAAAGGAGUCGGUCAAGUACCAAGUGGGUGACGGUAUGAAGAUGGAGGGAUGCAGCCCUCUCAGGGGAGGCCUGGCUAUGAGCGCGCCGCAAACGCCGUCCACGCACCACCCGAUCCCCACGUACCCGGCCUACUCGCUCCCCGCGGCGCACGACUACGGAGCCGGCCUCUUCCACCCAAACCUGCUCAGCGGCUCGACCUCCAGCUUCGCGCCCAAAUGCAAGAGCAAGGCACGCUCCAGCUCGGAGGGCCGUGAGUGUGUGAACUGUGGUGCGACCUCCACCCCUCUCUGGAGGAGAGAUGGAACAGGCCACUACCUCUGCAACGCCUGCGGCCUCUACCACAAGAUGAACGGUCAGAACCGGCCCCUGAUCAAGCCCAAACGCAGAUUGUCAGCGGCGCGACGAGCCGGAACCUGCUGUGCAAACUGCCAGACCACUACGACCACGCUGUGGCGACGCAACGGCAACGGAGACCCGGUGUGCAAUGCCUGCGGCCUCUACUACAAACUCCACAACGUCAACAGACCACUGACGAUGAAGAAAGAAGGCAUCCAGACACGCAACCGCAAGAUGUCCAGCAAGUCCAAGCGAAACAAGCGGGCGUCCGAGGGCUUCGACGAGCUCUCCAAGUGCAUGCAUGACAAGACGUUGCCCUUCGCCAGCGCCGCUGGUGCCAUGGCUGCCCACAUGCCCCACAUGGGCCACCUGCCUCCCUUCAGCCACUCAGGCCACAUGCUGCCCACGCCGACCCCCAUCCAUCCAACGUUCAGCCACUCGCACCACUCGGGUCGCUCACCUGUCUGGGCUGAGCCUCACUGAGGAUCCCAUAAAUCAACAAACCUUCCUAUUUGACCUCCAUCAGUGAGCGUUUUUUUUUUUUUUUUUUUUUACACAAACAACCAGACGUGUAAAGAGGACACUUUUCUUGUUCAUAAAUCCUCCCGUCCUCCGAAUCACAGACAUGGCGUGAAAGGAGCGAGGACAAUUGUCGCUUCUAGCAUUCCUUUAUUUUGUACUGAGUCACUUUGGUACUGCCUGGAAAGACAGGAUGUGUGUUAGAGCAGAGUCACUGUGUGCGUGCACCAGUCUUAUGUGUAUGUGUGUGGCUUUUGGACUCUGAACAAGAGAAAAAUACAAGAAAAGAAAGAUUGCUUUUUAAAUGCCUAACAUGCUGGGAUACACACACUCCACGGACACGCCGGCCUCUGAACACACUCUAUGGACAUGACUAGCAAACAAACAGAUGUUUAUAAAGCUUGAUUGUUAUUAUCGUUAUUGUUAUAAUUGUUAUUAUGAUAAUUUAUUUUCACACUUUAUUUCUUUUUUGGCUCUCCUCAAAACCAUAUGUUUAUUGUUAUAAAUAUUAUUUGAUUGUUAUUAUUAAAAGAAAGGAAAAAGGAACAAAAAAAAAAAAAGGAACACUGACUUAUCUUAGCCAAGGUGAUAUUGCUGAACUGUACGUUUCUAUCAUUUUCCAUUACACAAAUAAAGAAAUAAAGUUUUAAUACUUAUCAUCCA